GAUCUGCAGAGUACAAAACACAUUCAAGUUACAACCCUCCACCCCGUCUCCUUCUGCUUUUAAGAAAAGCAUCUAAAUUUAUCACCAGUUGGCUGCGUUGCAUAUCGGGUGUCCUUGAAAUCCAACCCUCAACCAUGGAGAUUGAUUUUGCAGGGAAAGCAAAAGAAGCAUUCUUUGAGGAUAACUUUGAACUGGCUGUUGAUUUCUACUCUAAAGCCAUUGACUUGAACCCCAACGACCCCCAUCUUUUCGCCGACCGAGCUCAGGCCAAUAUCAAACUCAAGAACUUCACCGAGGCUAUUGCUGAUGCUAAACAAGCGAUUGCGUUGGAUCCUAAGAUGGCUAAAGCGUACCUGCGGAAAGGCACUGCUUGCAUGAAGUGUGGAGAGUAUCAUACAGCCAAGGAAGCCCUGGAAGCAGGUGCUGUGUUAGCAGAAAAUGAUUCCAGGUUCACAACUUUAAUCAAAGAAUGUGACCAGCAUAUUGCAGAGGAGACUAGAGAUUUAACUAAGUCAGUAACACCUGCAACUGCAACUCCAGUCAAUGUUAGCUUAUCCAAACCAAAAUUCAGACAUGAAUUCUAUCAGAAACCAGACGAAGUAGUGGUCACAAUAUUUGCAAAGGGAAUAGCAGCAGAAGAUGUUUCUGUUGUUUUUGGUGAACAGAUUUUGAGUGUGACCAUUAACGUCCCAGGGGAAGAUGCUUAUCAUUUUCAACCUAGACUUUUUGCGAAGAUAAUGCCUCAGAAGUCCAGAUACCAAGUAUUAUCAACCAAGGUGGAAAUACGCCUACUGAAAGCUGAAGUUACACAGUGGACAUCUCUUGAAUACAGCAAGGAGAUUACAGUUCUACAGAAACCAAGUGUCUCAUUGGUUGGAUCCCAGAGGCCUGCAUAUCCAUCUUCAAAAUCUAAAGCAAUAGAUUGGGACAAGCUCGAAGCAGAAGUGAAGAAGGAGGAGAAAGAAGAGAAGCUGGAUGGUGAUGCUGGCUUGAAUAAGCUAUUUCGGGACAUUUUUCAGAAUGGAGAUGAGAAUAUGAGAAGAGCCAUGAACAAAUCUUUUGUGGAGUCAAACGGCACUGUUCUCUCAACAGAUUGGAAAGAAGUUGGAUCAAAGAAGGUUGAAGGCAGUGCACCUGAGGGUAUGGAGAUGAAGAAAUGGGAGUAUUAAGCAUCUAUGCUGCAGCUUAUAUAAAAAAUUUUCAAAUCGGACUUACUGUCUUCAUAUAUGUGGAGUUAGCUGGUUUAAUUUGUUAGUUGUACCUCCCAUAAAAAAAAAAAAAAAAAAAAAUUUGUGAGUUGGACCAUAUAUACUUCUUUGUAGUGGAUAAGGAUAAACCUCAGUCCCAAUAGCAACGUAAUUUUGGCAAAAUCUUUUAUAAGGGGCACCAAAAAGAGAACAACUAUUUAUCCAUGAAAAUUUUUAGGUCUGUUUUGUAACUUUUGUUUGGGGUGAAUAUAAACAUGAUGAAUUCAAAUAUGUGCUGUAAUUGUUCUUAUUAUUACUUUAACAUUUCAGAAUUUAUGGAUGAACUGUGCUUGCCUUAUGCAAAACAAUGAACAAACUCUAAUAGGUCAG